AUGAUGUUCACCAAGGCUCUCGUUGCUGCUACCCUUGCUACCCUCGCGGCGGCUCUCCCUCAGCCCUCCGUUGUCCGACGUGAUGGCGGCGGCGGUGUCACCAUCGUCAACAACAUGGAUUCCGACGUCUACGCGUGGUCUGUUGCCAAUAGUGUUAGCAGCAUGCAUACCCUCUCUGCGGGCGGCGGAUCCUACACCGAAUCCUGGCAAUCCAACUCCAACGGCGGUGGUGUCUCCAUCAAGCUUUCUACCAGCCAAGACCAGACUGAUGUGCUUCAGUUUGAGUACACCCAGGGUGGUGAGACCAUUUUCUGGGACAUGUCCUGCAUCGACAUGGACCGUGACGCUUCCACCUUCACCAAGAAUGGCUUCGACGUUUCUCCCAGCCAGACCAGUGACAACUGCCCCGCUGUCAACUGCCAUGCUGGCGACGCUACUUGUGCCGAGGCCUACCUCCAGCCCAAGGACGACCAUGCCACCCACGGCUGCCCCAUUGACACCAGCUUCGUCCUCACCCUCGGGGCAUAA